AUAUGAAAUCCGUUCCCUGAUUUUUGUUGCAGCUUCUUCUGCCGCCUCUCUCUCUGCGACCCAAACAAAACUACUUUUGAUGUUGUUUUGGUUUGGUUCUUAAAAAAUUCCGAAAGUUGAAAAGGUUGUCAACAAGGGAAGACACCGAGUUGAACCUCGAACACACACAUACACAUAUACUGCCACCAUCCCUCAAAAAUAGACCAAACAAAACUUUGUUAUUUUCUGCACACAGAAACUUGCUUGCUAUUACUACAAGGAUUGGAUUCUGGCAAGGAUUUCUCUAUGGGAGAAGCACCUACAUUCAUUCUUCAAGAGCUGCAGAAUGGAAUAGGCAAUGGGUUUGAAUUGAAAAGUGGGACUUUCGAAACGGAUACUAUUGUUGGUGAUAAAAAGUAUAUCAUUGGUGGAACCAACGGUGAAACUUUUUCGGUUAAAGAUCAAAUUCUUGACAACAAUGGUCUUGGGGCAUGCGUUGAUCUCAUUGAGCUAGGUACCAAACCCAUUUCAUGUAAUGGGCACUCAGCCGUGCUUUUGAAAGACCGAAUACUAAUUCUUAAGGAAACUGCCAAGCCAGAUGAUUGUAUAUGGUUUCUGGAGGUGGACACUCCAUAUGUCAGGCAGCAGAAAAAAAUUUUGGGGACCGAUGUUGUUGCAUGGAGUAAGGGUGUGAUAGGAAAUUCUGAGAAGCCUGUUGUUAUUAGUGGUCCUUCUGGAGUAGGUAAAGGAACAUUGAUAUCUAUGUUGAUGAAGGAAUUCCCCUCUAUGUUUGGUUUCUCUGUGAGCCACACAACCCGUGCCGCAAGAGGCAUGGAGAAAGAUGGGGUCCAUUACCAUUUUACUGAGAAGAAUGUUAUGGAGAAAGAGAUUAAAGAUGGAAAGUUUCUGGAGUUUGCUUCUGUCCAUGGUAAUCUAUACGGGACCAGUGUUGAGGCUGUGGAACUGGUAUCAGAUGCAGGGAAAAGAUGUAUUCUUGAUAUUGAUGUUCAAGGAGCAAGAUCUGUGAGGGCUAGUUCUCUAGAAGCCAUGUUCAUCUUUAUCUGCCCCCCAUCAAUGGAAGAGCUGGAGAAACGUCUUCGAGACCGAGGAACGGAGACAGAAGAACAGGUCCUUAAGCGGUUACGAAAUGCUCAGGCUGAGAUUGAGCAAGGGAGGUCAUCAGGCAUAUUUGAUCACAUCUUAUACAAUGACAAACUUGAAGAGUGUUACGAGAAUCUGAAGAAAUUAUUGGGACUUGAUGAAUGUAUCACUCCUCCCAAGUCAUCGCCACCAAAAGAGAUCAAUCUUCCAAGGGAUCAUUCAGUGUCAAAAAUUGAUGACAAAAUCAUAAUAAGCAGCAUCUCUUCAGGACUAGAAAAGGAAUCAAAGAACUUGAUCAUGUUAGAUGUCUCCUCACUUAAAGGGGGUGCACCUGGACGGACAAGAGGGUUAGAUUUUCAAGUCAUUGGUUCAUUUUCAGAUGGUUUCAACGGCAAUGGACCAUUUUGACAUUCAAUGAACUUGGUCAAACUAACUUGGUUUCUCUCCAUUCGUAUACAAUUAUUUAAGAAAAUAGGUUACAGGCUGAGGCACUAGGUUCAUUUCUUGAGUUUUUUUUUUCAUUUAUUGUUGUUGGUUAGUCGUUAUGGCAGUUGAAAUUGACUUGACGUGUUUGGAACAAUUAUUUUUUCCUGCAGUCAAUGAGAAAUUAUGUGAUUUUUGCGGCUA